AGGGUGCCAUUAUGACCAGCUGGGAGAAUUCCAUGAUGUCACCAUCACUGUGCACCCACUCAUGUUCUGGAGCAGGUGCAGGACACUGGCAUUCCUCGUGACCGACUGGAGUUGCUUUUUGAGGAAAGAGUCUGGACAUGGAGGCCGUGAAGUCCCAGUUACCCCAGAAGCAAGACGUGAUCAUCAGCAAGUAUGAGCAGGGAUGCCAAGGACGGGCACAGGUGGCAAGACCGGAAGAAGAAGACAUCAACACCCGCCCUUUCAUAAACUACCUGGGGAUACUGCAGGAGAAGAUGCUGCCCCAGGACAGAGCCCUAGAGGCCAAGCACAGACAUCAGGAGGCUCAACGAGUGGAAAAGUGGGUGAAGAUGAUGAAGCACUGGACUCAGUAUCAGAGCAGCAAGAAGAUGGAGAGCCAGGUCUACAAGGGCAUCCCCCUCCCAAUGCGGGGGAAGGUGUGGUCUUUCCUGCUGGACGUGGACAAAGUGAAGGCGGAGAAUCCUGGCAAAUACCAGCAAAUGAAGGGGCAGGGCAAACUCUUGUCAGAGCACAUCCACCAGAUCGAUGCAGACGUCCGGAGAACGUUCCGGAACCACGUCAUGUUCCGGCAGCGCUAUGGAAUGAAGCAGCAGGCGCUGUUCCACGUCCUGCUGGCACACUCUGAGUUUGAUGUCGAGGUGGGGUAUAGGCAGGGCAUGAACUGGGUGGCUGCUGUGCUGCUGAUGUUCUUAGAUGAGGAAGACGCAUUCUGGGCCCUGACACAGCUGAUGAGGAAGCCGAGGCACGCCAUGCACGGAUUUUACAAGGCCAAUUGUGCCAAGCUGGUGCGGCUGCAGCAACACCACGAGAACAUCCUGAAAUGUCGUCUUCCCAAAUUAAAGAAGCACCUGGAGGACCAGGGAGUGUCCACUGCAGCAUAUACCCGGAAGUGGUUCCAACAGUGCUUCGUGGAUGGGGUCCCCUUCUCGCUGAUGCUGCGAUUUUUUGACGUCUACAUUCUGGAGGGAGAACCCAUGCUGACGGCGAUGUCCUAUACGGCCCUGAAGAUCCACCGGAAACAAGCCUUGCAGCUCUCUGGGGACAACCUGCUUGAGUACCUGCAGGAGGGGCUGCGCCAGGCCUGGGCCCUGCGUGACAACUCGGUGCUGAGGCGGCUCAAGGCCUCCAAGACAGAACUAGAGAGGUGCAAGGGUCUGCUGCCUCCACCAGCAAAACAAGAGGAGAUGCCCAGAAGGCUGCUGGGCCUGGAGCUCAUGUCCCUAGUGCCCAGGCCUCACCCCACAUCUCAGAGGCUCAGGGUGGGCUGUCGCAAGGACAGGGUGGGCCGCCCUGUUGCAGCUGACUGGCAGGAGCUGCCCUCGGGGUUAGCACCUCGCACACAGGGGGCAGGACAUCCAGAAAGCAACCCUGGCUUCUUUCUGGGGGCCUCAGACUUGGGAGACACAGGAGACCUCUCCCAAGGGCCUUGCCUCUUCACCACCAUGUCGCUGUUGUAUACUGGAGAGUGUGGGCUCCCAGGGGGUAAGCCCCUACAGGGACUCCUGGGCUCCCCCAAACCUGCUCAGCCCAGCCUGAGGUGCAGCAGAGACAGCCGGUCCCGGGGACACCCUGCAGCUCAGCACCUUCCAAAGCUGGAUCCCACAGUGCUCACCCCUCUGGAGCCCACCAUGGAGGACGAGGAGUGCAGUGUUGAGGGGGCUUCCCCCUGACUGCCUCGGGGACCUCACAGUGUAUAGCUCCAGCCUGCCUUGUCCUGACCUGGAACCGUGCAAGGCCUGGCAGGACCCUUUCCUCUCAUAAUGAGGCCCUCAGAAACCUACAGACUACUGGCUCCCAAAAGGCAAAAUCUUCAGACACCCUGCUUUGCUUCCAGGUCUUCCUUGGUCCCCAUGGGACCGGAUACCCCCAGCCCACUGCACACCCCAUGUCCAGACUGCAGACUUGCACCAGGGUCUGUAGCCCCUCAGUCCACACCCCUAAGGGACAGUGACUUGCAGAGGCCUGCAGGAGCCAGGACAGGGCCAGGUCAUUGCCCCAGGUCCCCACAAACCCAGCUGGCUUCCUGGCCUCCUCCUGCACAGGGCAGCUGGCUGUGUGGGGCAGGGAGGGAGGGAGAGCCCACAUGGCCCUGUGUUGGUGGGGUUGGUGGAUGUGUUGGUGUGCCCAACCCCUGCACACUGCCUCCCUGUGGUCCAGUGCUACCACCCCCACCCCAGGGGUACAGGUGCCUCUGCCCAAGUCACUUGAGGACCGAGAUCACCAAGGGCACAGAUGUCUCUGCCCAAGUCAUGUGAGGACCGAGAACACCAAAGCUUUUCUGUAUUUUUCAUAUAAAGUUGCUGGCACCCUGUGAA